AUGUCCGGCGUCCGCCGCGGUGGGUUCAACCCGAUUCCACAAGAGGAGCAUGUUAGCGAACAACAACCGGAGCGAAAAUGGACACCAAAAAGUGAUUUUCGCAGCCAGGUGCAGCAGGUACUUCGACAAAGCGCUAUACAGCAAGAAAACGGUCAAGAAAGCACACGUACCUCGCCCGCUUUUUCAGAUACGACGCUUAUCAGUGGUGAUUAUUUCGAGGUACCGCUAAGGAGUCAUGAAGCAAAUACCGGAGAGUACGUGGAGUAUUGUGGUGGAUAUUACGGCCCGGAAGUUGUAGGCCUCUCACCAAUAUCAAGUGCUAGAGCUGGUCUCGGGCUAGAAGUUCAUUCUGAACCUGCUGCCCCUUAUCUCUCUUCUGGGGGACUUCCCGUUGAUGAUAAUUGUCAUAGUAUAAGCUACUGUGGAUCUGAAGGGAAGACCGACGAAGAAGAUAAACAUGAGAAAAGGAACUAUAAGCCCCUUUGCUUAAGAGGGUAUAUUUUGCUUGGCCUUUUCUUGUCUUUAGCAGUUCUUAUUGUGUUAGCUGAACUCGCGAUUCAACGUCUUCCGAAUGAUUCGGGGAUUAAUCCAUUCUCUGAAGAAUACGAGCACACUGCGAAGAUCUACCAUCGGCUCAAUCCUGAAACAAAAUCUCAUGUCCCCAGCAAUCUAGCUCAUUUCAAACGCCAUAACGAAACCAGGCCAGUGACAACCACCUCUACACCUACUGAAAUUACGUCUCAUACCAUCCCUGAGACUACACCAUCCUCAAGCUUAACGUCACAAAUAACAACGGUACCGCCAGUUGGAGGAGGGACAAAAACUGAGAUAUCAACAUCAUCACCUACGGUACCAGUUAUAAUUCCGUCGCCAGAUCCCCAGCCGCCGCUUCAAACGUCAACUUCGAAAGUUCCUCCUUCGCCUUCGCCAUCGUCAGAAGAUAAUCCUUCACCAUCCGUCACCUCUUCAUCUAAAUAUUCUCCAUCACCUCCUUUUACAUGGCCCGCGCCACCGUCGAUAUCAUCCACGCUAGAGUCGUCGCCAACGGUUACGUCAACAGGGACACGGGAGCCUACUGGACCGCAUGAAAGUUCAUCGUCGGAGAACCAAUGGCCGUGGCCUUCGUCGAAUCAUCCAGGUCAUCCAGACCAUUCAGGCCAACCCCCAAUACUAGUCCAUCCAGACCAUUCAGGCCAACCCCCAAUACCAGUCCCACCUACUUCACGGCUUCCAAGUUCCGACGAAACCUCCAUGCUUUCCACACCAUCAUCGUCCUCGCGGCCGACAGCUCCGGACCCUCCCACCGGCGACGACCCAACGCGGUCGAAGCAUACGUUGACAUCAUCCACGGGUUCUGAUUCUACUCCGACAGGCCCUAAAACAACGAUACGUACUAAAUUACCAUCGCCAUCGCCACCGCCACCGCCACCAUCACCGACCUCCUCUAGCGUAACUAAACCAAGCCCACCUUCAACUUCAACCACAGGCCUUCCAUUUUCAACUUCAACGGGGCCUCUUGGAACCGCGACAGAAUCACCGGGGACUACUACACGUCUUCCAAUCAGCUCGUCCAGUAUACAGUCUUCAAGUACAAUUACUUCAAGUACAACUACUUCAAGUACGACCACUACAGCUAAAACUACGGAGGAGUUCCCGAGUAGUCCACCAGCACAAACAGAACAUGCGUCUUCCAGAAGCUUGACUAGCGAAAAGACAUCUAUAAAAACUGGCACGACGGCUAGUAACACUAGGUACACCUUUGAUUAUUUGUCUUCAACAAAUUCUGAACCUCAAGCUAUGACACUAUCUCCAUCUAGCACAACCGCAGCUAUUAUCCCAACUAGGAUAUUACAACCAUCAUCGUCGGUAUCUAAAACGACAGAGACUGAGUUGCCGGAGCCUUUCUUAACGAUUACCAAUAUUCCUGAUCGGCCAUCGCCGUCGAAACCUAUAAUAACUACAACAAUAACUACAUCGACUACCCAAGAUGGUGUAGCAUUCAUAACUACUUUCGUCAAGGGGAUAAAAGCUGAAUUAGAUGAUUCAGUUACGAAGUAUGUUAGCACAUAUACGGACUCAGAUGGCAGACCAACUCGAACGGAGACUAUCUGGGCACAAGCAUCUACGGAAACAAUCGUUUAUAAAGAUUCUCAUGGAAACCCCACCCGCACAGGGACGCAGAUCGUGCUUCGCUACCCACGUAAGACGACUCUGACGGACUAUCAAGGGCGGGCAACAUUAACCCGAGAUUAUUAUGUUGGCCUAUCCUCAGAGGUCUUAUACGACGAUGACGGUCAUCCAACGGCUACUAAGACAUCCAUGGUUACAGAGGUUGCUAUGCCAACUACCCUGUUUAACGGGAACGGUGUAGCAACCCUGACGACAACUGACCUUGUCCCCCUAUCUUUGACAACGACGGUUAUUGCAACGCCAACUUCGGAAGUCUCGCCGAAUGCCAAAGAUCAGAAGGCGUUAAGCAUCGUCCCCAUUUCCAACGGAAAAUAUUUCUUAGGCCUUAUGCUUCCUACGUUUAUCGCGAUUGCCGUGUCGAUUUCGAUCAGGAUGGUCGACCAAAAUGCAAGGCUCUAUCAUCCAUUCCACGCGCUAACGGCAACUCGAGGGGCACUAGCUCGCGAUACGCUAUGUUUUCAGACCUCAAGUAUAUGGAACAUCAAGGGACGCUUUCGCUCACUGUUAAAUGGAGAAAGCCUCCUUGCUCUAACGGGGCUUUUGGUAUUGGGAAGUGUGAUUAUGGUCCCGUUAACUUCCGAAUCUGUCCGGAUUAUCUUAGGGGGUCCGAACUGUGCGGGGCCAGGGGGAGACUCCUCUGUCUGUACCAUGGCCCUUGGUGUCAACCUAGUGCCAGCCCAAGUCGCCGUAGCACUCCUUGCCUUUAUGACUAUCCUCGUCGGGAUAACUGCGAUUGUGCUUCGAAAAUGGAAUACAGGGUUGAGCUGGAAUCCUUGGAGUUUAUUCCAUAUGGGACACCUCGCGGCGAACAACGAAAUUCGCACCUUGCUACUGCGGCGCCUGCGUGAAAAGGACGGCCGGAUGACAUAUGAAUACGUCACCAAGGCCUUAAAAGGAGUGUCCUUUAUUUUGGACUCCUAUAGAGACAACGGGGAGCUUAAAUAUGGUUUACUAAUCCCAAAUGAGGUACAGCCUUUGAGAGGAGGCGGCAAAUCGGUAGCCUUUGCGGGGGGGAAAGCUUCUCAGCGGCGGAGGAAAGGCGAUUAUAUGCCUUUCUUUAUUCUUACAUGGACUGGGAAGCUACUUUUUCUAGCCUUAUUAUGCGGUAUGGUAAUCGGCUUAAUGAUUUAUACCAUUAUGGGGGACGGCCAGGACUACACACAAUUUAUGACAGGUAGAUGGCGCGUUGUGCGGUUUAUAUUCACUACAAUCGGCGUUUUGAUCUCAAUAAUAUGGGGAUCAUUCUUCUACGCCGUCGCCUUUCUAAGUCCUCAUAAACUACUGCAUCGAAUACGACUCUAUAACGGAGAAGCCGUAUACAUGACACCACCAACUAACCCCUUUACUGGCAUUUGGUCAUCGCUAGCACCCGGACGCCGAGACGUCUAUCUCGGGCUCGUCUGUGCUACCUCGAUCUUAUCCGAGAUCCUUCCGUUGCUUUUAAGUACCGCCUUAGACAAAUGUACCGAAGGGUUUUGGGCACAUACGGUUUGCCUCUGGAUGGCAGUAGGUGUAUUAACCACGAUGAUUUCGGUGGUUGGAUUUUCCUUCUUUGUGACUUGGCCGCAUAUGCCGAUCGAUCCCAGCACGGUAGCUGGCGAGAUGUAUUAUGCUUUAACAAACUUCGCGUCUAUGAGUCCGUCGGCAGGGUUGCUCUUUGGUAAAGCGAAUCCAGGUCUUGUUUAAAGUGGCUACCAAGAGAGCAUCCCCCUAUCCUUAGAUCAGGG